GGAAAUUGAAAAGCAGCGGAACAAGAACGGUAGUUAAAACGUCGUUCCAUCAACAAGAAGCGGCGCGGACCGCCGACCGCCGACCAUCAUCGCGGCUACACUCUUCAACGCGUGGAUAAUUGGAUAUUACUGGAGCUCGUUUCUACCUGCUCUGAAACGCCUUCGCUUCAAGGGAUUUCUUUGGCCAUCUCUUUAAGAUUGAAAACUUUAGUUUUAUGAGUUGGUUAUAGAGGAAGAUGGGUUCUGGAGAAGGAAGUCAUAAAUGGAGUGUAUUUGAUGGUGUGAAGGUUUUUCCAACAACACCUGAGGUUCUUAUGGCUGAGAUUAAUACAGCCAUAGCAAAUGUGGAGUAUGCACGGGCUACUGCUUUCCUUGAUUCUUCUUCCCUGGUGAAGAGUAAGAGCCAUGAAGCAAGUGGGUCACCUAAGUAUGAUGUGCAGAUGGCGGAUGAGGCUUAUAAAGCAGGAUGUGCAGCUUUGGCUGCUGGCAAGCUUGAAGAGGCUCUUCACUCUCUGAAUGUUUCACUAGCUAAUUGCCCCCCUGACAAGAUCUCUGCUGUUGCUAAGCUUCAAUCUAUCAUUUCUCUUACAUCACGGCAACUCCAAAAAUCUGCUGAAACUGACCGCAAAGGGAGUGAAAAUUGGUUGAUUUAAUCUCUAUUGAGCUAUCUUUGCCAACCAUUGAAAUUAUCUGAGCUCAGAAGUUGUUGGUUUUGCCUCGAUGGUUUGGAAAUUGAGAAGUUUGGCCUUUCCAUUCAUAUCUUGACAAUCUUGUACAACUUGAUGACUUCUGUACAUGGGAGAAAGGAGGGGGAGAUGUAAGAACCAUUUAGAAAUCCUUCAAGGCAAUAGUGAGUAAAGUUUUGCUAGAUCAGCUUGUUCCUAAAUAAUGUUUGCUCACUUGCAUUUCACCCCAUGCUUUGAGAAUGGAAUUACACAGUUUGUGUAUGCUGCCAUCAAGCAGGUCUUGGGAAUUUUUUGAUUAGUUUCUACAGCUAUUGUAUUGAAAUAGCUUAUUGCAAAUUCUUUUGUUUUUUUUUUUGGUUUCCCGUCUGGUAUCCAGGACUUCGUC